AUGAUGCUAUUGAUGCUGCCGCAAACAGGCGAGCUGGUCAUCUGCCAGGGGCACGCCGAUGACGAUGGAGACUUGGACGAGGAUGGCGAGGUAACAGCAGUGGAAGAGGAUGAGGAAGAGGUUAGCGAGGCUCUAUCUGCGUUGCUGGACCGCGACGACGAGGUGCUUGCGCGACGAAAGGAUGUCCGCAGGCUGAGGGUGGAGAAGCGGGAUGCGAUGGCGUGGAAGCGUGAUGAGUGCAUUUUGUCGGCGUAG